AUGAGCUAUGCAGAGUAUGACCAGGCCGCCGGUUUCCCGCGCACCCUCAUCCCCGCUCCGAAGCCGGUGCCUACGUUGACUGCUGGUCAGACACCCAUGAUGAUCUCAAGCUACCCGCCCCUGAGCCAGGUCACACAAAUUAGAGAGAGCGAAGCCAAAUUUUGGGUGCUUCUCGAAGUUGACCAAAGUCUCGCUGAGGAGUCUUGGCAAGUUGCCCUAUGGCAUGCAGGUGGCGGUAAUAACACUGCAAGCUGGACCGAGACGGUGUUUCAACGCAGCACGGCCGGCGAGGAGCCAGUGUCACUGCAGGGCUGGAGUGCGUCUACCGCGCGACUGUAUUUCACUUCUUCCCUCCGUGUCGAAGGCCAGCUACGGUUCACCGUCAAAUUCAGACAGAGUCCUGAUGUAGAGUGGCGGUGGGUCAGGGAUGAACAGGGCGCCGAUGAUGGGAUCGUGAUUGAGACCGCAGAUGCGGUCGGCAGAGGCUCUCCAAGCGAUCUCAGUAGUAUCAUACAUGAUCUCAAUCCCUCCUUGAAGGUCAGGUCUGCUCCGAGCCAGUGCCCAGGCACCGAACUGUGGUCUAUCGAAACGACUGUGCCUAGAGCAGUAGAUGACAUCUCUUCAUCGACAACCAUCCGAUUGGGGCUGCCGUGGGGCAAGUUUCUCAGAUGGUUCGCUCUGAUACGUAUCUGGUCGCCCUGGCUGGCACCCAGGCACGGCAAGACCAAAUUCGCGCUCGACAAAGAUGGCAUCUUGUGUUCCUUUCUCAACGAGCACGGUCAACACCUCGUUCUCCUUGCCAUGAGUGGUCUCAACGAUACCCUCACCGUCUUCCAAAGUGGAGACGAUGGGAACGUGAUGUUGAAGGUACGGAAUGACAGCGCGACGGAAGCAACUGCUACGGUACUGGCUGCUGUGGGAACUAAUUUUGAGAGCGCCAAUGCGACUGUGAUGUAUCACGCUCGCGGCCUUGGGUCAUCCAUCGCUGAUAGCCUGACCGCAAGAAUCAGCAAAGAGCUAAGUGCCCAUCCGGAUGAUGUCAGGGCAGAGUGGAUGGAGAACUGGUUCGAUGGGCUUGGAUACUGCACCUGGAACGCCCUUGGCCAACGAUUGACAGAUGAGAAGAUCUUCAAGGCUGUUGAUGCGCUGGCCAAAAGCAACAUCAAGAUUACAAACCUCAUCAUCGACGACAACUGGCAGUCAAUCGACUAUCGUGGAGAGUCACAGUUUCAACACGGCUGGAAAGACUUUGAAGCCGAACCUAGGGGUUUUCCUCAAGGACUGAAGAAGACUGUAGAAAAGCUCCGCAAGGAUCAUCCAAACAUCCAGCAUGUGGCGGUUUGGCAUGCUUUGCUCGGCUACUGGGGCGGCAUUUCUCCAGAGGGGAAGCUGGCACAGACCUACAAAACAAUCGAGACGGUCCGCGAGGACUCGAAGCGACGUGGGCUACCGCUUGGUGGUAAGGUCUUGAUCAUUGCCAAGGAAGACGUGGAAAGAUUCUACGACGAUGCGUAUCGGUUCCUCUCGUCGUGCGGCGUUGAUGGCGUUAAGACCGAUGCUCAAUUCAUGAUCGACAUGUGGGAGUCGGCCAAAGUCCGGAGAGAACUGAUUAAACUUUACCAGGACACCUGGACGAUAUCGGGUUUGCGAUACUUUUCCAACAAGGUCAUUUCUUGCAUGUCGCAAACACCUCAGAUCAUGCUUUACUCGCAGCUUCCCAGCAACCGCCCUGCUGUUGUCCUGCGGAACAGCGAUGAUUACUUCCCCGAGAUCCCAGACUCUCAUCCAUGGCAUAUAUGGACGAACGCCCAUAAUAGCCUCUUCACGCAACAUUUGAAUGUUCUACCCGAUUGGGACAUGUUUCAGACAGUCCAUGAUUACUCGAGCUUCCAUGCCGCAGCCAGAUGUUUGAGCGGCGGGCCUAUCUAUGUCACAGACGUUCCCGGUGAGCACAACAUGGAUCUCAUCGGACAAAUGACGGGCAUUACUCCUCGGGGCAAGACGGUUAUCUUCAGGCCGAGCGUGCUGGGAAGGGCCAUCCACCAAUAUGUAGGGUAUCAUGAUAACUCAUUGCUGCUUAUCGGCAGCUUCCAUGGAGCUGCCGGGCGAGGCACGAGCUUCCUUGGAGUGUUCAACAUCUCUCCCCAACCCCUGGCAGACCUCAUACCUCUUGCCAGCUUCCCUGGAGUGCAUUCAUCCCAGAGGUACAUUGUACGCGCUCACACGACGGGUCUGACCAGCAGACCUCUGAGUCCUGGCUCAUCCACAGCGAUCCUCACCGCAGCACUUGGAGUCAGAGGCUAUGAGAUCCUCAGCGCGUAUCCUUUGACUACGUUUGAUCGCAAAACAACAGGUCAACUUGAAGUCUGCAAUCUUGGACUCGUCAAGAAGAUGACUGGCGCAGCAGCUAUUGUCAGGAGCAACUAUGAAGUCCAGCACAAUGGCCGAAUCCUUCUAGACACCAGCAUCAAGGCCCUUGGGGUGCUUGGGGUCUACAUCUCGACACUGCCAGAGAUGGACAUUGGCGAGAAUUUCAUUGCCACGAUCCAAGGACAGGUCAUCCCUCCAAAGACUGUAACCAAAAGCAAGAUCGACCAGCAUAUACUCGAGGUGGACAUAGAGACUGCUUGGAACGAGAUGAAGCUGAAACCAGGCUGGGCAAACGAGGUACAGGUCAAGCUCUUCUUUGAUGUCAUUUAG